CGCAGUUGUAUCUGGGCCCUUGGUGAGGACAGAGAGGGAGGGGAGCUCCAGGUAUAUCCCUGCAGUUCUCUGGUGUGCAGGAGCUGUCUCGGAAUCAGCCCUCAGGACUGGGAUCCCCGUGGGAGCGGCUGCUGGUGCUGAAGUCUCCCUGCUCACCCCAAAAGGAGAAUCAGAAGACCAGAGCACACUGGAACUGCUCCCCUGCCAGGCUCUGGGGUGAGGAAGGCUCCUCUUGAGCCUGCAAAUGCUGAUUCCUGCUGUUAAAGAUGGCUCAGAAAUGGGCAGUUCUGGCUGUGCUCCUUUUCUUGCCAAUCAAUCUGGUUGAAGCUCACAACAUGGUGAGGGUACAGGCUGGCCACGAAGCUGUGCUGGAUUGCCCCAACAUGUCCAAGGUGCCUUUGCUGCUGGUGACAUGGAAGAGGAAUUGCAGAAGUUGCUGCUGCUUGUCCUAUAGAAGGGAUCACGAUAAGACAAGCAGGCUGAACUGCAGUGAGAGGAUCACGUGGAAAUAUUCACCUGUCAGUAACCCUGCACUUCGUAUUUACCCUGUGAACCUCGGGGAUGAGGGAAUUUACACCUGUGAAUUUGCCAACAGGGAAGGGAAUUUUGAUUUUUUCUCUUCUCUGACUGUGAUAGUCCCUCCUACGGUGACUCUGACCCAUGACAAGAGCAGGGUGGCUGUGUGCCGGGCAUCUGCAGGAAAGCCAGCUGCUGACAUCUCCUGGAUCCCUGCAAGCAAUCACAGCUCCGAGGAAGAAUUCCAUCACCCCAAUGGAACAGUGACCAGAGUGAGCUACUUUGGCUGGACCAACAGCUCAUUUCCCUCUGUCACCUGCCUGGUCACCCACGCAGCCAUGAACCAGACUGUGGUCAUGGACCUGAGAUACAGCUCCCAUAGGCUUCUCUACAUCCUGGCAGGAGCAGUUGCAGGUGUCCUUGCUGUCACUGGUGUGACUUUAUGCUUGAUUUUCGGGUGCAGAGCUUGCUGGUUACGUAAAAGGGCACAGGGCCCAGCAGAACACUCAACUAGAGCCUGGAAUUUCCCACCUUCACGUGCAACAAGAGCAGCAGUCAAGCCUCCUGACAUUCCAGAGAGAAUCUAUAUGAAUUACAGCCCAAGAUCUAUUUAUGUAUGCUUAUAAGAGUGUAGGCACAAGUAGUUAGCUCAGCUACUAAUGAUACUCAGCUACUCAAACUUGUACUUGAACUCUUAAGCCUCAGACCUUAACCCCAAAAUUCUUUGUCUUUCCUGACCUGAAGAUGGUGGGGUAGAAAGGACUGUGUUAGUAAGUUUUUUUCUCUUUCUCUAAAUAUCAGUACAGCUCUAGAGAAAGUUGGAAAUUUUAAAGAUUGAAUUAGGGAAAUAACUCAACUUUGUUAGAAAGUAAACUCUGGUUCAUGGACUGAUUUUCCUCAAAACAAUAAUAGACAUAUUUCUGCGCCAGAGUAAAAGACUGCUGGUGAAAACGUAGCACUUUUCUUUCCAUUUUGACAAGUGGAUUCUCUUUAAAGUUCUGUGUUGGAAACUAGAAAGUGACAUGGGAGACCUCAAAACACAGAAGGUGAAAGCAAUACAUCUAACAGAAAUGCAGAAAUAAGAGAGUUUUAGGGUUUUUUUGGUUGUUUUGUUUUGUUUUCUGGUUGCAAUGACAGAUGAUGAUCUUCUAUUUGACACAUUUGCAUUUUUAAUAGAUUUCUUUUUCACUUAAUUUUUCUGUUUGCAUUGAUGAUUGCUGGAAAAUAAAGCCAAUUUGAUAUACUCGAUAUGGAAAUAAGAAACAGCAAUGGGCAAUUUUGGACACUCUUUAACGUAAAUAUGCAAAUAUUUGCCUGAAGGAUUUUUGUGAUUAUUUGGGUAAAUGUUUUUUGACCAGUUUCUGAGAAGCUGAGAUCACAUCAUGGCUUUACUGAGAACAGAAGUGUUAAGUUGUAUAAAGGGCAAGUGGUGUGCUUGUUUAAAACAAAGGAAGAAAAGACAACCCUAACACCACCAUUUAUUUCUUUUCAUCUUCAUGUCCCCAGGAUAAAAAACCUCCACAGCCUGGUUGUUAAUUUCAGUUUUCAUUGGUCAGGUCUGUCAGAGCUUCCAAACACUAAUGCAGCAGUAAGUAAACUGAAAUGUGUGUUUUGAAGAGCCUUUUCCUGCUUGUUCCUGCAGGGUCAUCUCUGUUCCAUAGGCGUUCUUAGGCAUGAGCAUCUCCCAGUGCCUUUGAACUGCACUUUAUCACUUCUAAAUAGACACGGAUGUCUGCUGACGUCACUCCAGCCUUUCAUUUUAGUCAGAAAGACAUGAAGAAUGACUCUCUGCCUCAAGGAAAAGGGGCUACAGAGACCAGGCUUGGUGAACAAGUGAAUCCUUUCCUGUGGUGUUGAAUGU